UUUAGACAAGGUUUAUUAUAACUUCUCGUCCAAGUCUCCCAUCCACCCUAAAUGCCCGUAUUCUUCGAGAAGUCUUUGUAGAAAUUAAAGUAAAAGAGCUUUCGGAGCAACAAGUUUUGACACUUUUCAAGACAGAGUUGGCCACACAAAAUAUACAAUAUAAUGAGAAGGAUAUAAAAAAGAUGGCAUCAAUAUGUUCGAACUGUCCAUUAGCCAUACUUUCUCUAAGCAGAGUAUUAAAAGAAAUUUCUUCAUGUACACUUAAAGAAACCUUUUUGCUGUAUAGCAACUCGACGAUUCACAAUGAUAUCAUGGGAAUAGAAACUUGUCUACAACAUUCUUUCUCUGCGCUGAAUAAAUCGGACAAACAAAAAACAAUGUGUACCUUGAUGCAACUGUCUGUUUUUCGGACAUUAAAAUUUGAUAUCGAGGCUGCUCGGUUUGUUUGCGGAAGAACGAGUAUAGGACAUGCAAACUUGGAAAUUGAGAUCGGCGAUCUGCAACAAUAUCAUUUCCUAGAAUCCAAAGAAAGUUUAUUUCAGUCAGAACCAAUUGGAAAAGAACAUGGACAAAAAGUAUCUUCAGUAAAAUGUUACUAUAUCCAUCCAUUAGUUUAUCAAUUCCUUAAAUCAAAAGAGAAACAAUAUCAAAGCAUUGUUAACAAGGCAAGGGAAAAAUAUGUCGAAUUUAUGCAUAAAACGAUAUCAAAAACAUCAAAAAUGACUUCCGCUGAAUCGCUUACGAUUAUUGCCAAAUACGAACCUCAUUUUCAAACUUUCUAUGAAUACGUAAUUCAUUUGCAUACAACCACUAGACCUACCUUGAUUGAUCUUCCCAGCACAUUAAGUGUUGUAAACACUGAAUGGUUAACGGAUUUAGUAUUGGAUACUACUCGUCGAUGUCAAUUUUUCAAAAGUAUGAUUUCUGACGCUGAAGAAGAAGGCAAGGUAUUGGAACUUGUGUAUUACAAAACUUGUCUGGCAAAACUUUAUUUUGAUAAUGAUAGACUAGAGAGGUGUCACACCAUUUUGACCGAAAUUGAUUCUAUAAUAAAUAAACAGAAACAACUCUCUAAAACAGCUAAUUACUUAAAACACAAGAAGAAGAUCAGAGACUAUCCUUCUGCAUUGAUUCUCGGUGGCUUUUGGACAAUGCAGGCUCGAUAUCUAAACAUAUUUGAAAAGUAUGGCGAAGCUAAACAAUACCUAAAGUGGGCAUUAUCUAUAAUGCAAAAAAAGGAGAGAGAUUGUUGGUCACAAAUUGCAAAUAUUUACAAUUUAAUGGGAGUUAUUGCCUUUAAAUCCAAAGAGUAUAGCACUGCAAGAGACUUCCACUCUAAAGCUCUCACUUUGGUUGGAAAGGAACAUGAUGGUUUCAUCGAUAAAGACAUUUUCCUGACAAACAUAGGAAGUGCAUUCUUUAAAGAGUGGGAUCUAAACCGCCAGAAUAAGGAUGCCUUACAAGAAGCAGAGAUUUACUACAGCAAAGCUCUAUCAAUGAAUACAGCAAUAGCAGAAAAGAGAGCCAAAAUGCUUAAAAUGAGGGGAAAACUUUAUCUUUUACAAGGAAAAUUCGAGGCUUCGGAAAAAGAUUUACAGGAAAGUUUGGAUAUAUGGAAACAAUAUGUACAUCCACCCCACAUAAAUCUUAUAUCAUCCUACCAUGGAAUAAGUUUCCUGUUUGUCUCGAAGGCAGCAAACUUAUUAAAGAUAGGGGACCCUUCAAAAGAGGCUGCUGGUUUCCUUACAAGAGCUAAUGUAAACUACAAAGAGAUUAAAAGACAGAUAGAGGAGGGAGGAUUCAACAACUGGCAGAAGAACAAAGUCCUUUACGAUGAAAUAAAGAAGAGUCACACGAGAGUUUUAAAACUACUGAAUAAGGAUGAGAAGGAAAUGGAACAAAUGAAAAUGUUCUAUCAGGAUUUUGAAGCUGGAAGAUAUAACAAGGACAGUCUCCCUAAUCAAAGUUUGGACCUAGACGAUGAAUCUUCUCACAUGCAAUCAAUGUUUACAUAUCAAAACAUGGAAUCGGAAAGUGACGAUUCUGGCUCGUUAUCAUCUGACUCUGAAGCCUAUUCUCUCAUCGAAACAUCCGACGAAGAAAUCUCAGUUACCCAAAAGUGUGAUGAUAAAACAGGGAGAUUUAAUGAAAACACAGUUAGUCUGCCUAUUGCAGCUUCUUGUGAAACAAAAAAUGACAUAGGUACACGAAAGCCUAAAAGCGGAAUUUUCAGUGGUUCCGUAGACAGCGGCUAUGGAGAUUCCAUCUCAAGUUGCUCCUCUUCGUCAGAGUCUAAUUCCAAACCGAGGCUGUUGUCCAUACCUUCAGGUUCAAUGGAGGAAGAUGUGUUCUCUUCUUCUGAAAAAAGUGCAUUGAACCAUUUAAACUCCCCUUGGAAGAGGAAAUUUUGUAACAGACAAAAUGUAUGUUCUUUAAAGAGACAAAAAGGUUUUGACGAUGAUUUCCAAUGCAUGGGUCCCAAUAAUGUAUAUUAGACUGUACUCUCACAAUCUGCUUUUGGAUGGAAUAUGUCCAAACUCUCAAACAUUGUACAUGUAGUUAAUUGAUUUAUAGAAAAGUUAAUUUUCAUUAUAUUUUAUUGUAUUUAUCUAUUAUAAGUUGUGGAAUAAACCGAAGGAUUUUAUUCAAAUGCCACAUACCAGUGGUUCUUUUCCUUGAUUUAUUCAAGCUUAUUUGCAUUGUACUUAAUGGCCCGGACACGUU